AUGACGCUUCUUCCUGUGCGGCUCUCAACGCUUUUGAGGCUUUCACUCGUAUACUACGUGGUUUACUUGACGUUCUUUGUAUGCCGGGCUGACUACUCUGAAUCCAAUGAUCUUGUUCAAUAUACAUGCGGCCAUCUUAACAGAUCAGUUUACCCCGUGUGGACGAGCCAGGUGCAGCCGCAUUUCAACAAGCUUGACAAGAAUUACGGUAUUUCGAAGACCUUUAAGCCUGUGGUGGUGGAAUUUCGCAACAAGAUUGCAGCAUUUGACGAGAAGUACCAACUCUCGUAUAAGACUGAUAAGGCAUGGGCCGCCGUGCGGAUCUGGGCCAACGAUAAGUUUGGCGAUGUCUAUUUGGAAGCUCAACUGUUUGUAGCGUAUCAAAUUGCUAAAGUCAAACUGCACUGGGCUGGAAGUAUGGCGCCUAUCACCCAGUACUACUUGGAUCAAUACGAGAAGACUUGGGGUAAGUCAGUUAACAGUUUUGCCACUAAGGUUAGACUCAACACGAGUGUGUACUGGAGAGCAUCUAAGAGACACUCUUCUCGGUUGCUUUCACUCCACGUAGUUCCUAUUUAUCUGCAAAUCACUGGAAGUCUCUCGAGAAACAAGCAUUUGACUUGGUUAUUUGACAAGGCUCGACCUGAAAAGGCAGUUGCUGAAGUGAAGAAGGUGUAUUCAAUCUUGGUUGAAAAAUCUGCAGAGUACUCGUCCAAGUUGCAACAGAAGGUUGAUUUUAUCCAAGACGAGUUCUCAAACCUUAACAAAGACAACAAACUUAAGAAGAAAUGGAAGCGUGACACCAAUAAAAUCGUUGAGGUAAUGAAUGGCAUUUUGGAGGAUGUGAGAUCUUCUCGUAAACGCUCAACUGACGAUGAAACCCCAAUUGAUAUCGACAAUGAAACCGGAACUGAAGUGGAAGAGUCUGUUCCUGAAGCUUUAGAUGAACUCAUUGAACCCGAGGCACAAGGAAGCGAUCCUGAAUUUACUGCCUCUGCAGAUGUAGAGUUUACCGAAUCUAUGGAGAUACAGUCUACGGAGAAAGAAUCUACGGAGACCGAAUCUACGGAGACCGAAUCUACUCAGUCCGAAUCUGCCGAGACUGUGUCCACAGAGACUGAAUUAACUGAGACUGAAACGGAGACCACCGAAGCACAGAGUGUUCACUCUACAGUGCUUACUUAUACGUCUACAAAAACCCUGACAGUCACAGUUGUCAAGAGCGGCCCUCCCCCAAGCAAGAAAUCAGCUGAGUCAGGUGGGCCUGAUCAGGCUGCGUCUGGUGCCGAGGUUGCAUCUGUGGAACAUACAGAGGAGAAUGUGGCCAAGUAUGGAGGAGACUCAUCGGAAGCCCAGAUUGACUUUGAAUUGAAAUACUGGAAAUCAAAGGUAGACAAGACUUUAGACUUGGCUUACAACAGUCUUGAGUCAGAUAUGAAAGACUUCUUGAAUGCCACCAUUGCAGAAUUAAAGGAUAAGAUCUCUUCUAACUUCACUGCCUUGCAGCUGGGUAACUUUGCGAGAUACAAGGUUAUGAAUGAGUUGAUUGCGGCAAUUGACAAGGACUCCGAAUACAUUAGAGAAUCUGGUACGAUCAUCGAGGAACCUGAAGUUGACAGACAAAUCAUGCGUGACAGAAUUAAGGAGGCUUACAAUGAAGUCGAGGAAUCCAUGAAACAUGUUGAGGUCAACCUUAACGAGGCACAUUUGCAAAUAAUGGAGACGUACUUUGCCGUUGUGCAAGACACAGUGGACGUUUUGGAAUCUUUCGCAGACACCACUAUUCUGGAUUUUUCCAAUCGCUUAACUGGAUUGUUGGAGAUUUUGGAAACUAAUUCAGACUUUGAGGAUGAGUUGAGCUGGUCUGCUUGGAAGCAGUUCCACAAGGUUAAGGAUCUGAUUUUCAAUAUUAGAGACUCCAUUUAUAACGAUGCCGAAGCAUACAAACUCAAUCCAAGGGGCCGUACCAAGCCUAAUGGAUUGAAAUUAUGGGAUCAAUACUUGGACAAUAUUAACUUCCAUAUUAAGUUUUUGUUAACUGAUAAUGACGAGUACUUGAAGUUAGUGAGAGCCAAGGCUAAUAUUGCUUACCAACAGAGAGAGGGAUUAACUGCGGAGUUGAAUGCUAAGGCUAAGGCAAAAGAAUUAGCCGAAGUAGAGGCGUUGGCUAAAGCUAAGGCAGUGGCUGAGGCAGAGGAAAAGGCAAGAACUGAUGCCAUUGCCAAAGAAGAAUACUUGAAAGCAGCGGACGCCAAAGUUAAUGCAGCAAACGAAGCAUACCAAUUACAGAAGGAAGAGGAGGCUAGAGAGUCCGGCCAGGUUGUAUCUGAAGUUGAGGGCUCUACCGAGGUUGAGGAAGCCAUUGUGGAGUCUGCUGAGGAAGCCACCGAGGAAGCUACUGAGGAAGCCACCGAGGAAGCCACCGAGGAAGCCACCGAGGAAGCCACCGAGGAAGCCACCGAGGAAGCCACCGAGGAAGCUACUGAGGAAGCCAUUGAUAAGCCAACUAGAGAAACUGAAGAGGCAGAAGAAACGGUGCAGACUGUUAGCGAGGAAGGUGCGGCUGAGGAAUCCUCAUCUCAGCCAUCUGAAAUUCCGGAUUUUGCUGAAAAAGCCGAGUUUCCUGAUGAAAACCCGUCUGCCGUUUUGGAUUCUAUCGAGCUACCCAUUCUUGGAGAAAUCAUCGAGGAAACUGUUGUGGCUGAAACCUUAAGCGAUUUCUCCACAGCAAGCAACGCGGAGGAUGCUGCGUUAUCUCCGGAGGCGAUGAGCACUGUUCCCACCGAACCAUUAGCAUUCGACGACGACAACAUCAUCGAAGAAUUGGAAGCAUUUGAAGAUGCUCCCGAGGCUUUGGAAGCCACCGACUAA